GGGAGAUUGACAGAAGAACAGGUCUUGGAAUGAUUUCAUUGUUCGGUCAUAAUUUUCUUUUAAAUAGCUGGUUUUUCGUAAUUCAAACAUAAAGAAUCUUUUUAUACUUCCGCUUGCUUCGCUACUGGAUAAUGUAGAAAAAAAGAGAUGUCAUGAUCCGUAUAUGUUCUGACAGUUAUCCAUGAAUGUGUUGGUGGUAAUUUUAUGAGAAAUCUCAGUGAUGUACUAACAACGCGGAUAAAAAUUGCCACGUAACGGCAAAAAAGAAGAAGAAGAAGAAAAAAAAAGAAGUGGUUAUUGGUAAAAAGUGAAAGUGAGCCUUAUAUACGAACCUAACCUCAAAUAUAAUCAAAUAAUUUGACAGCAGUGUUUGGGGAGAGUUUUCGAUUGUUUUCAUUUCAUUGUUUAUCAGUGAAUCUAUGUUUUCAUUAUCAGCGGACACUUGUCAUUUUUAUUAUCAAUAAAAGACGAUUAGAAUUUUUUGCUUUUUUUUAAUGCCAAAUGAAUUUUGGGAGUUUAAUUAUACAUUCCACACUCCCUUUCACGUAUCAAAUUUCAUAGAAAGUGUUAUAAACGUUAUAAAGAAAGUAUCGGACAUUACAUAUGUGAAGACAAAGAUUUGAGUGAAAUUUCUUAUUUUUGAAUUGUGGAAAAGUGAUUUUCUUAUGUUGCUGGAUCUGUUUCCUUCGUUUAGAAGCUAUUCGCCAAAACAUAGCUUCUGCCUACGGCAGAUGCAGUCUUUGCUGCCGUCCAAAUUAGUUCAAGGAGUUCAGGGAAUCAUGGAAUUUUGCAACGAAGUCGGAGUGCACAUGAGACAAGAAAUUGAUCCGCCAAAAAAAUCUUGGACUGAACUUGGCGGAGUCGUCAGCGAUUUGCGUCGACGAUUCUCUGGAAUGCUUUCUGGUUCGAUUCCAGGAUCAGUUUCAUUUAGAUCAUUACCUGAUGGAAGGACGAGAAUUUAUUUUCUCAGUUCGUCGAGCAGUGGCUACGAGACAACACUCUUAUACGUCGACAUUGGUCACUCGGAUCAUGCGAAUGGUUACAAAUUACAUUGGCAGCCAGUAAUCGAGGCAAAUUUUCAAAUAAAAACUCUUUUUAGUGUUGCCAACUCUAAUCGUCUAUCGAAAGAAGAACAAUUACUUUGGGAGAGAAAAAGACUUGUCACUUUUGGCAUAACGAGUUACGAACUACAUGCGGAAAGUGGAAAAUUGGUCUUUCCAGCGGCGAGCAAUCUCUAUCAAUGUGUCGACACUGGAUUCGUGCCCGGAGCAUUGUUUCCAUCGGAAAUUCGAAUGUCGACACCUGGCGCUAAAUUGUGUCCGCAAAUUUGUCCCUGGAACAGUGCUUUGGUGGCCCACACGUGUGCUGGUGAUUUGCAUUUGUCCCACUGCAUUACAGGAUCUUCCGUAAGAUUGACCCACGCGCGAAAAGGUAGUCGAAGUCUGGCCGAUGAUCCUCUCACGGCAGCGACUCCAUCGUACGUGAUGCAGGAGGAAUUCCUACGUUACACGGGUUUCUGGUGGCAGCCAAAAUCGGAAGAUGGAAUUUACCGGAUCGUUUACGAGGAAGUCGAUGAGAGUGAUGUGAAAAUUUUCCGUCAACCCUCAAUGACAACAAGUUCCGAGGAAAUGGACGAAUUUCGCUUUCCCCGAGCGGGAUCAAAUAAUGCACGAAGUAAUUUAAAAAUGGUGCAAUUUAAAUUAACUGACACAUUACAAAUCGUGGACAUAAAGAAUCUUGAAUUGCAAUUCCCGCUUCAUAUCAUGUUUCCCUGGAUGGAAUAUAUGGUUCGAGCAGGCUGGACACCUGACGGACGACACAUUUGGGUGCAAUUAUUAGAUAGAAAGCAACAAAGACUCGAGUUAGUUUUAUUAUCCUUAGACAACUUCUGCGAACCGCCGCCAAACGUUUACAAUUGUGAAAAUCACGUGACACCAUCGUCGUCAAGUGUUCAGGUCAUUUAUUCCGAGCACAAUUCUUGCUGGAUCAAUGUGAAUGAUUUACUUUAUUUCUUGCCGUCUGACGAUCCAACGGAAAUAAAAUUUAUCUGGGGAAGCGAGGAGACAAACUUCAGACACUUGUAUCUUGUCACGUCCAGUAUAGCAGGCUCGAGUAAUGGAAUAGAAGAGCCACUUGACAAAAUGGAUAGCGUUUUCUCGGAACCGCGAAUAAUUUCGAAGAUCGCCUUGACCCAGGGGGACUGGCAGGUGUUACAGAGGAAUUUGUGGAUCGAUGAGAAAAAUUCGAUUGUUUAUUUUCUUGGCUUUCGCGAGGGACCCCUAGAGCAACAUAUUUACGCCGUUUCACUUAAUCGACCGCUGGAAGUUCGUUUACUCACUCGGCCAGGUUACAGUUACACGAGUGUAUCAUUCAACAAGGAUUGCUCCAUUCUGGUCACAGUUUAUAGUUCAAUUAAAACUUUACCUGCCUCUCAGGUAUUUCGAGUAUCACUUUCAGAUUGGACUGUCGACAGUAUUGUUUUAACACCAGUUGGAUAUAUUUUAGAACCAUCGACUGUUGAAUUUUUAGAUCUUCUCAUACCGGAAAUUUUUACGCACAAAAUAUCCUCUGGUGAUACUAUUUACGCGAUGAUUUUCAAACCCCAUAAUUAUCAACCAGGAAUAAAAUAUCCGACUGUUAUGAAUGUUUACGCUGGACCGGAAAUACAACUCGUUUCAAAUACUUUCAAGGGAAUGAAGCAUUUACGAAUGCACAUGCUCGCGGCGCAAGGAUAUUGUGUUGUAAUGGUUGAUUCACGUGGUUCGCAAAAUCGUGGAUUUGCCUUUGAAAGUUAUUUGCGACGUAAAAUGGGAACUGUAGAAUUAAAAGAUCAAGUGGAAGUAUUAAAAUGGCUGGCGGAAUCAACUGAUUAUAUUGAUAUAAAUCGCGUCGCCAUUCACGGAUGGUCCUACGGCGGUUACAUGAGUCUCAUGGGCUUGAUUCAAUAUCCUGAUGUUUUUAAGUUGGCAAUUGCCGGAGCUCCUGUAACAUCCUGGCACCUUUACGACACAGGAUACACGGAAAGAUAUAUGGAUCUUCCGCAGGACAAUCAAGAGGGUUACGCAAACGGUUCUGUGAUAUCGCACGUAAACAAAUUUCCCGACGAAGAAAAUCGAUUACUCAUUAUUCACGGAAUGAUGGAUGAGAACGUUCAUUUUUAUCACACGAGUCAAUUAAUAAAUGCCCUAAUUAAGGCCGGUAAACCUUAUCAAUUACAAAUUUAUCCCGACGAGAGGCACAGUUUAAGAAAUUUAGACGCCAACAAACAUUACGAGACAACAUUUUUAUCAUUUCUACAAAAUCAUUUGUAAAUGCUUUCCCUUAUUUUUUAGUCUCUCAUUGUUCAUCGUUCACACAAAUCUAAUUUAACCGCUAACAUUUAUGUAUAUGUAUAAAUAUAAUAUUUAUACAAUAUAUAUAAAAAAAAUACUACGAGUGACUGCCGUUAAUUGUUAUAUGUAAAUAGAAGUAAAAAAAAAUUAUACACUU